AUGUCGCAUACAGACCAUUCAUUAGCAGUAAAAAGAAAUGAAUGGACCAAUGAAACUUUUGAAUUAUCCGACUUGCAAUCUUGUCGAGCAUACACCGUUUUCUUCACUAUCGCUUAUUUUCUGAUGGUGCUUACUCAAGUGAGCAAUCUUCUGUUUAUGACAUUUGCUGACCAAAAGCCAAUUGUAAACGAUUUCUGUCAGAAGCAAUAUCCGGAAUAUAUUGCAUUGAAAAUUGUUCAUCAACCGGUUCCUGUUGGGUACUCAUUAAUGGAUCCGAAGUGUUCUGCUGCUCCAGUCAUUACUAAAUUUAAAGUACCAACUGAAUAUGUUAAAGUCGAAGCGAUAUUGGAAAAUGUUGGUUUAAUGAUUGGCGCAGUUGUCUUUGGUUCUAUUUAUCGUAACCGCUGGAAUGUUUACUUUGUUUGUUUGCUUUACAAUGUUUACUUUACACUAUUUAUUUUGUUUCGUUUCUUUAGUAUGAUUUUCACGGGUGGAAAUCAUUGUAAAAAAGCGGGCAAAGCAGCAGUUCACAUUAACAAAUUGAGUGGAAAGAUGUCGCCAGAGAAAGCAAAUUAUAUAAAAUACGUUCUCGAAAAAACCGUCAAAGAAAAGAUGGAGAAGUCGAAUAAAGUUAAUCGAAACUACUACUUUUACCAUCUUUUCACAGAUCGUAAAUUGGGUAGCUAUGCAAUCGUCUUUGCUAUUAGUCUAUUUUUGACAAGUUUCAUCAAUUACGGAAUUGUCCACAAUAUGGAUGCAUUAACCGAGAAUGUCUAUGUAAAUGUGAUAAUUGUUGGUGCCGUUUCCUACACUAUCAAUAUUGUUGCCGCAAUAUUUGAAUUUAAAAUUCAAUGCGUUGGUCGUCGGCAUCAAAUUGAAGAAUAUGAAACAAUUGUAAAAACUGGUACAGAAGGUGACAGCUGUUGCAAUCCAUUAAGUUUGGGACGAAUAGAAAAACUACUGAAAGCGAAUAUUCCUAACGUCUACAUUUAUUCAGUAAUGAUAGGAUCUAACGUUGUAAUGGACACGGAACAUGGCUUCUUCGGGAAUUUAAAUGAUCAGGUAGCGGAGGUAUGCCAAACAAUACAGAAUGAUGAAAAAUUGAGAAAUGGAUACAAUGCUAUUGGCUUCUCACAGGGCGCGCAAUUUCUGCGUGCUGUGGCACAACGUUGUCCAAUUCCAUCGAUGAAAAAUUUAAUUUCAUUGGGUGGACAACAUCAGGGAGUGUUUGGAUUACCAUUAUGUCCAGCAGAAAGUUACAUUUGUGAUCGUGUACGAAAUUUAUUAGAAUGGGGCGCAUAUGUUGACUUUGUUCAGAAUACGGUGGUACAGGCACAGUAUUGGCACGAUCCGUUAGAUGAAGCGACGUACCGACAAAGUAGUAUAUUCCUUGCUGAUAUUAACAAUGAAAGAAAUGUAAAUGAGAGAUACAAAGAAAAUUUAUUGAAAUUGCAAAAUUUGGUAUUGGUGAAAUUUCUAAAUGAUACAAUGGUAGUACCGAAAGAAUCUGAGUGGUUCGAAUAUUAUCGCGAGAAUGACACAUCAAAGAUCAUUCCUCUUGAAAAAUCAAAAAUUUACACAGAGAAUCGCCUCGGCUUACGUGAGCUGUUGGAGAGCAAACGAUUGCAUUUAUUAGCCUUCGAAGGACAACAUCUACAAAUCAAUUCCUCAUCUUUUGUUUCUCAAAUUAUUAAUAAAUUUUUGAAAUAA